GCGGAUUCAGCUCCCGUGAAACUUCGAACGAAGAAAAAAAAAAGGCGAACGUUAGCACUGCAGCGAAGCUUCAAGGCUGACGCGAGACAAAAGGCGGACGACGACGAAGUGUUAUCGAGUCAAACACAUUCAAAUUGUUGGUAGGGUUAAGGAAAAAGUGAUUAUUGCAGCAAAAUUAGGACUGUUUAAAAGAACGAUGGCGUCGUGCGAGGAGGGGCUUUCUCGCACAAGGGAGGAGAAGGAGCGACUACAACAACUGGAAGCUGUUAGCAAGGCUCCAGAUGUGCUACACACUAAAGACAUCAAUGAAGAAAAUCUUCCCCCUGAGCAGCAGCAAUGGAGAUCCAGGGUGACACAGGAGGAGCCACAUUCUCAUCUCAACAAAGAGGAAGAGAAGGAGCCACAGCAUUCCCAUAUUAAAGUAGAAGAAGGGGAGCCACAACCUCCGCAUAAUAAAGUGGAUAAGACAGAGCCACACCCCCUACAAAUCAAAAAGGAGGAGGAGCCACAAAUUAAAGAGGAAAAUGAGGAGCACGGCAUCAGUCAGAAGGGAGAGCAUCUUGAAGGACCAGAGCAGUUUCCAGUGAUUAAUGUCAUUAUUAAGAGUGAAGAUGAAGACGACAAAAGUGAGGAGAAGAAAGAGGUGGAGCCUCCGAGGAACAACUCACCUAAACACAUGACAACAGAAGCUUACGAAGAUCAUUGUGGAGUGUCACAAGCAGACAACCUCUUCGCUCCACUAUCAGAUAGUGAUGUAACAUGUCACACUGACAUUGACAACACACGCUGGAAAUGCUCUCAGUGUGACAAAGCUUUCAGUGAGCGUCGUUACCUGAAUAGACACAUGAGAAUACACACAGGAGAAAAACCUUAUUGCUGUUCAGUUUGUGGUUUGUGUUUUGUACAAAAUCAAGAUUUGAAAAUGCACAUGAGAACACACACUGGAGAGAAACCUUUCACCUGCUCAGUAUGCAACAAAAGAUUCUCCCAAAAGGGUUGCAUGAAAAGACACACAAGAACGCAUACUGGAGAAAAACCAUACUCCUGCUCAGUCUGUAAGAAAGGUUUUAAUGAAAGUUCGGCAUUAGUUAAUCACACAAGAAUGCACACUGGCGAGAAACCAUUUUCUUGUUUAGUCUGUGGUAAAAAAUUCACUCGAAAUGAACGUUUGACAAGACACACAAGAAUACACACUGGAGAGAAACCGUUUACUUGCUCUGUGUGCGGUAAAAGAUUCUAUGAUAAAAAUGAUUUAGACAGACACUCUAGAAUACAUACUGGAGAGAAACCCUUCCUUUGCUCGAUUUGCAAUAAGUGUCUUUCUACUACAGAUAGUUUAAAAAUGCACAUGAGAACGCACACCGGCGAGAAACCUUUUUCCUGUACAGUGUGUGGAUUACGGUUUAGACUAAAUCAACAUUUGAAGUUGCACUCUAGGCUGCACACUGGGGAAAAACCAUACCUUUGUUCAAUCUGCAACAAAAGGUUUUGUGACCGGACACAACUUGUAAGACACACAAAAACACACUAGUGAUUAUGUGUUGCAUUGCUGUGGGUGUGAUGAAAGUUCUUAUAAGUACCAGGUUAACAAUCACAAGUGUGCCUUAAAUGCAAAUAAUUUGAUAAUAUGUUAAAACAAAUCAUAUUAUUUUGUAGCCGGGGCGUUUAUUUUCAUAUUGGUCGAUAGAACCUAACUUUACGUGGGAUACCCAUUUUGUGGGCAGACAGACUUGCAACAGUGAUGGGCAAUACCAAGAUUUUUAAGAUUUGAUAUGAUACAGAAUAUUCUCUCAGAAAUGCAAAUACUUUUUGUGCUCUUUCUACCCUGAUGAAACUAAUGACAACUACUGGCCCUCUAAUACCUUGUUAAUGUGUGUUUUUUUUAUAUUGUCAAAUGAUUCAAUCAUUCAUUCAAUAACCAAUAUCACGUCCAUGCCUUCUUCCCCCCUCCCAGGAUGGGACGUUUCACCCCAUCUCAUUCCUGAAAAUUUGAGUACUUAAACAAAUAUUAAAAAUAUCUUAAUUUAUCUAUGUACGAGUCUUUGAUUAAUAUGAAAAAUUCUAAAACAGUCACACAAGUUGCACCUUACUAUUGUUUUUACUGGCCGAGUACAGUAGGUCCACACCACAGUCCUUCUCUUGCUUGGGCAAGGACAUUACUGUUCCACAUCCGCACAGUGGUUCUCAAACUUUUUUCACCAAGUACCACCACAGAAAACAUUAGGCUCUCCAAGUACCACCAUAAUUAUCAACAUUAAAAUAUUGUAGUGUAGUUGACCUAUGUAUUCUUUAAAAAAAAAUUAGAGGUUUUAUUUAACGUGUACAGUAUAUUCAAUGUUCUGGGCCACUGUGUGUUGAAUAUAAGAAAAAACACUACUUAAUUGCAGAAUUUAAUUAUUGGCAUACUACAGGAUAGAAUCCACAGUUUAAGAAUUACUUCUCUGGCACAAUGUGCUGCUGUUGUGCAUGGAGUCGCCGCUCUUCUGUCAGUGGUCACAUUAAAUUAAUAAACCUACUCAAUGUUAUUCUCCUGGGGUACUACUGAGAACCUGAUGAGAUUGAUUUAUUUAUAUAUAUUUGUCAACAUAGUUGUUUUAUUUAAGGUUAUUAAAUAUCCUCAUUACCUAGCGUAUUUACAGUAAACCCAAGGGCUAUGUAUACCUCUUCAUAUUUCCUUGUCAGUUGCCACCAAUUUUUCAGGCAUAAAGACGAUAAUACCACAAGUCCCCCUUCCUCUCACUGUCAGUCAAUACUCAAUUGAUGUACAUUCUAGAUCAUAAAUUAGAUGUAUUGUACAUUUACUUAUAUACUGUACUUACCAGUGUAUUUGUUUCCUUGCAGUUUGACAUUUUAUUCAAUACAUACUCCUGCAAAGUAUACAACAUGUUCCUUGGUGAUUGCCUUAAGUCUUUUUGAAUAAGAUGCCACUAGUUUGGCACACCUAUCUUUAGGCAGUUUCGUCCAUUCCUCUUUGCAGCACCUCUCAAGCUCCAUCAGGUUGAAUGGGAAGCUUAGGUUUUCAUCCAGGAUGUCUCUGUACAUUGCUGCAUUCAUCUUAGUCGUCACGGAGGUGACCAAGAACCGAAUGGUCACUCUGUCAGAGCUACAGCAUUCCUCUGAGAAAAGAGGAGAACCUUCCAAAAGGACAACCAUCUCUGCAACAAACAUAGUCCCCCCAACAUGUUCUGGGUCUUCCCCGUGGCCUCCUACCAGCCAGAUGUGCCCUGCACACCUCCCCUGGUAGGCGUCUGGGGGGCAUUCUGACCAGAGGUUAAUUUUAAGGUUGCGAAUAAAAAUUUGGGUAACAAGCAUCCCCACCGCUGGCUGGUGUCGCGAAUGUCACAGUGAACCUUGAAAGACUCGACCAAAACAUCAGACGUCUCACUCGCUAGCAUUGUCUUACAGCUAGAGAUUGACAUAACUUUGUUUUUCCAAACAUGGGAACAGAAAAAUUGAGUGUGAAGGACAUAAGAAAAAGAAGCUGAUGAUAAUCACUGAAUUAAAGAAAUCAACGAAAAACAUGACUGAGUUGUGCAUUUAGACGACUACUAACUCAGAAACAUCUGAAGGACAAAUGGCCAGAUUACAAGCAAAUCUAACCAGUUUGUAAAGUAAAUUACUACUCGAAGGGUAGCAAUAGUUACAACUACAGCAUGGCAAGAGAGUUCAAAACAAAUGAUCAGUAUUUACAAUAGAACUUGUAGCUAUUUUAGGACUCUUGGGUGGGUGGAGGACAUUAAGCCACAAAAAGCAGUUAUGUGCUCAGAUACAGCAGCAGUACUGAUGGCACUGAAGGGUGGGAAGAGUGAGGCUAGAAGUAAUUAGUGAAGCGAUGAUGAUGCUUGGUAGAAUGCCGGGGUUGGGGUGCCAACACACGUGACAGUACAGGGGGAUGACGAGGCAGCAAAAAAGGUGUUAAACAGAAAUGUAAUAUGAAGUACAGUAUGGAAGUGUGGAAUGGAAGAGUUUAAUAAAGCAAGAACGUGUUAAAAUGGGGCAUAAAGAGUGGUUACAGCUGAGUAUUAUUAUUUUUAUUGCAACCCAAUAUCAAACACACACACAUGGUUUUAAAAUGGGAAGGAGGGACACUGUGAUGUAUAUAAUAUUUAGGCUGAGGCACUGCACUAAAUAAAGAGCUGGCGAUGAUGGGUAAACACACUGGUGGAAAAUGCACACAUGGCCAUAUUCUUACAGUUUGCAAUAAAUACAAUAAAGAUAAACAGCCAUUAUGUAUGCAAAACUGUCAGAAAACGGAAACAAAAACACGGCACUAAAAAUAUUCCUAGCUGGGAACAGGCCAUAAGACUCUUGAACGCAUCAUAAUAAUCCCCUCAAUUCCCCCCAAAAAAUGGAUUAACUCGCUGGAAUAUAAAGACAAUAUUUUUCAUCUCAGUAUGUUAAUAAUGACUGAAUUAAUUAAUUACAUAUUACAAAACUGUUGUAUAUACUAAUUCACAGAUGCCAUUAUAUUAUAAAAAGGUCAGUAAAUGGUGUAUAUAUUUGUAUACGCUCUGGAGUGGGAAAG